GGUGGCCGCUCGCUUCAAGUCGAAAGACAAACAUGGGAGCUUGCAUGUAAGAGGGUGGCGGUGGUAGGUGGUGGUGGAUAGGAGUAGGCUGGGCUUGGAGACGCUUGGCUUGGCAUCGUGCGCGACUCCCCCCUUAUAUAUCCUAUCCUCAAUAAGAUAAGCCACUCUCCUACAGACGCAGUUGAAACCUUCAGUCGGUUGCCGCCUUCCUUGCCAUCCCGUUGGCGCGCUCCUAUCCCUUCUCUCUCUCUCUCUCUCUCUCGAGCCUUUCUGCCUUCACCUGGCGACGCCAGCUGCCCGUUUCUCUCUCUCUCGCUCGCUCAUUGUAGAACCCCUCCUCCCCUCUUGGUCCGUCCCUCUCUUGAUUAUACUGGGGCCAUCUCAAUCCUCCCUUUCUUCCCUCUCCGCCUCACCCCACCAACCACCUCCUCCUCCUCCUCCUGCUCCUGCUCCUAUAUCCUGGGCAGCCCUUUUUAGUAGAGCGACUCAAGGCAAACGACUUCAGUCACUGCCAAGGCUUCGUCUCGAGAGGUCUGUCGCCGAGACGAUCCGACUCCCAAACGCUCUCUGACUUUGUACUUUUUGAUUUUGGUCAUUUCCGUGCUCCGUACUGGACUCUGCCGAAAUUUCACAUCACACACACAACUCUACACAUUGACAGACUUUGACUAUUUUUCUCUUGAUCUUCCCUCCAAGAAGGAACGUUGACUAUUUCUCAUUAGUUGCCACCGUGCGUGAAAAUUGCGUGUUCAACAUUCGACAACUGAAUUCUUCGACGAGCACCGCGGAACAAUAAGGAUCCGAAUUCUGAGACAAACAAACCAAACCCAAAACGUGAGUUGCAUUUCCACUCGACUAUUCCGGUAUUUUUGAUGGCGCUAUUGGAGCACCCCUCCUCGCAAGGAGGUUAUUCGCUGUCGUUUUUGGCCAAAGCUGCCAAUAAUCCAUCGUCGGCCAUGGUGGGCGACCUGUUAGAUCAGCAGCGCAGCAGCUCUGAGCUGUCGCACGUCGUCGGACACGACAGCAUUCAAGUGACGGGCAAAGUGGCGCUCAGCCACUCCCCCUCCUCAUCGUCGUCGACGUCCGGUGGUGGUGGCAGUAGCGCACAGUCCGUGGCCGUUGCCACCUCUGUCAUCCGGCGCAGUCCGGACAGCCCAGACAGCGGCAACGAGGACUCUGCCUGGUUCCUCCGUCACGUUCUCCAGCAACAGCAGCAACAACAACAGCAACAACAGAGCGCCGACCACCACCAAGGCACGGCCACUCCGUUGACUCCCGCCACAUCACCGGCUCGCGGCGUCCGCCGACCUCGACACGAUUCCAGCUCUUCCGACGUCGAAGCAGCCGCCGCCGCCGAAGUCGAUCUCGACGACAUCGACGACGAAAUUGAGGAAUUGAAAAAAGAAUCGGCCGGCCAUUCGGGUCCCGAGGAAGAAGAGGAAGACGACGAGGAGGAGGAAGAAGAAGAGAAGAACAAACGGGCCCGCGUCGAGUCGAUCGUGUCGACGAUGCGCACCUCGACCCCGGCUGCAAUCAACGGCUGCAAGAAGCGCAAACUCUACCAGCCCCAGCAGCACGGACACAAAUUCACCUCUGAGGGAGAAGAGGAGGACGACGAGACAACGGAUGAUCGCAACGAUUCACUUUCAGAGGAGCAGCACGAACUCAGCAUGGCCCGCGCCCAAGCUUCCUCUCGCUCCAGCUCUGCCCAGCAGCAACAGCAGCGCGACAUGAUGCAGAUGCAGCAGCAACAACAGCACGAUCCCAUUCGAUCCCUUCAGGAGCGCAUCGCUUCGCUCCACCAGCAGCGCUUCGCCGCACUCCAGCAGCAGCAGCAGCACCAACGGGCCGAGAAAUCCAGCAGCGAGCCGGCCCAGCAGCAGCAGCAGCAAAUCCGCCGGCCUGUGCGAGACGACGCCGGCCGCUCCCGCAACGCCCUCCAUCAGCCCAUCAAUUUCGGUAUGCGUUCCAAUAUGUCAAACAGCGAUCUGAGUCACGUCUCCCAGGCUCAUGCGGCCUACCUGGACGCCACCCGUCGCAUGCUCAUGGAGCAACAGCAGCAACGCCAGCAAGCGCCUAUCAAAUCCGCCGUCCAGCAGAUGCAGCAGCAACAGCCAUUGCCGACGGCCCAGCAGCCCGUUCAACAAAUGACCAACACCCCAAAGGAGCCGGUCUCCUCGCCCAACAACACGGAACUUGAAGGUUUGGCUGAAAUGUUGAAAUCGGAAUUGGCCUCGUCUUUGGCCCAGUUGGUGGACAACACUCUGUCCCGCUUUGCCGCCGCCCAGCAGCAACAGCAGCGCUCCCGUCAUCACGUCAUCGCCAACAGCCAGAAAUCGUCGGCCAACUCUGUUGCCGGCGAAGAAUCUGAAUUGAGCAAAUUGCAACGAGGCCGCGUUAUCGACCGCGGACUGCGAAACGGCGAUUUGGCCGCCCUCGGUUUGACGUCGACUCCGUUCUUGCGGACGCCCUACGGCCCACUUCCGCAUCAUCUCUUCCCUCAACAGCAGUCUCCCAAUUCCGCUCUCAACCACAUUGUCAACUCCAUUGGAGCUGGAAUCCAUCCGGCUGCCGCAGCCGCCGCCGCAGCCGCCGCUGCCGCCGGUUUGGCCAACAUCGGCCAGCAGUUCACCCAGCAGCAGCAGCAGCAACAGGAAGAACAAGACGCCAUCGACGCCGAUGCCGCUGAACAGAACGAGGCCCUCAGCUUGGUCGUCUCGCCCAAGAAGCGUCGCUUUACCCCCGCCACCAGCAACAACAACAACAAGACGACGUCGUCCGAGAGGAAUUCGAGUCCGGCGCCUGGACAUCGCGACAACGCCGAAACGCGUCUCUCGCCGCUAGAAAUUUCAUUGAUCAAUCACAGUUCUAGCGCUCACUCGCCUCCACCGUCGCGCAGCCCGACGCCUCCCAGCCAACAACAGCAGCAGCAGCAGCGCUACGCUGUGCAAUCAUCUCAGCCCGCAUCACAGGCUGGUGGCCCGCCACCACUGCUCCACCAUCCGAGUCUUUUCUCCAACUACUCGGCAUAUUUCGCUGCCGCCGCCGCAGCCGCCGCCGCCGGAGCCCAACAGGCCCAAGCCGCCGCCGCCGCCGCCGCCGGAUCAUCCUCUCAGCGGAGCUGCAAGAGCCCCGGUUUGGCCGAACUGGACCUGACCUCUCCGUCGACCUCGGCCUCGCUUCUUCAUCCGGCUCUGUUGGCCAGCCACCACAGCCACCACCACCAUCGCAGUCAUCACCACAGCGGCGGACACCACCACCACGACAACACGGACCGUCACUCUGAGUCGUCGGAUGGAGCCAGCCCUUACGGCAGCGUCCACCAAUCGUCGACGCUGACGCCCAUGCAUCUGCGCAAGGCCAAAUUGAUGUUCUUUUGGUGCCGCUAUCCCAGCUCGUCCGUCCUCAAGACGUUCUUCCCCGAUGUCAACUUCAACAAGAACAAUACCGCACAGCUCGUCAAAUGGUUCUCCAACUUCCGGGAAUUCUAUUACAUCCAAAUGGAGAAGUACAGCCGCCAAUUAUUAAGCGAGGGAGUGGUCAACGCCGAUGACAUCCAUGUGUCGCCCGACUCGGAACUCUUCCGCGCCCUCAAUCUCCAUUACAAUCGCAACAACCACAUUGAGGUUCCGGCGCCUUUUGUUUUCGUUGUUUCGGAGACAUUGCGUGAAUUCUUCAAGGCUAUCCAAGCAGGAAAAGACUCUGAGCCUAGCUGGAAAAAAGCUAUUUACAAGAUCAUCGCCCGUCUCGACGAACAAGUUCCAGAAUACUUCCGGACGCCAAACUUCCUCGAGCACUUGGAGUAAACUUGAUAAAGGCUCGUCUCUUGACUGUCUUUGUGUGAAUAAAAUAUCACACCUCGGCAUGCAACUACUCUGCUGGACUACGUAUACUACUACUACUAGCUUACAACUACUACAUAUAUUAUACUAGCUGGCAGCUGUACAAAGUAAAAUAGCAAAACAACAAAAAAAAAGGCCGCCCUUUUCAUCAACUUUUUUCUCGCUUUCAUUGUCAUAACAACCCAAAAAGCCUUAUCGACAUUUAAAACGUGUUCCAAGGCUCUAUUCCCAUAACCAAAACUUUGGCUAAUCUCCUCUUUUCCCCUUAACCCAAAUCUUUCGUUAAUUAAUGAUCGACGGAUAGAUUUGAUUUUAAAACAACAAAAACAAACAAGAACCCUAAUCCUGUGCCUUGGCCGGCUGCCUUUUGCAAGCCACAUAUAUUAUCCUUCUUGCUUUUUCUUUUCUUAUCAUAUAACGGAGUCAUAUCAACGUCAUUUCCUUAUUGAGCUUUCUUAAGAGAAGGAGACGAACAAACAAAAACCAAACAAACACAGAGAAUCACUUUAGCCAGUUCUCCCGAGUUCUUCUCUUCAAUAUUCAGAAAGAAUAGGAGAAAAGAGAGAGAGAGAGAGACUUGGAUGUUGGAAGAAAGAGGCGGAAAAAUGUGACACUUUCCAGUGUCUGUUACUGCGAUGCUUUCGCGUUCGUUUGUUUGCAGGUGCCAGACGCCUCUUAAAAAAGAAACUUUUACUGUAGCACUAGAGACAAGUUGAUAAAAGAAAGGAAACAAAAAAAAAACAUUCCAUUAUUUAUGCAAUGAUUUAUAGAAUUCUUUUGGCGCAUAUGGUAGACAGAUGUUCUUUGAAAAUUCUUAAAAAUCUUGAUCGACUCUAAGAAAAUUGCGUGAAUUCAUAUAAUAUCCCACGAACGUACUCGAAUUCUAUAUCACCCCCACCCAAUCUGAUGAUGAUGUUGCCUUUUUCGCCGAUAUAUCGUGUGUCUGUUUCGUACUUUGUUUAAGUUUCCAAUCCAUCAAAUUAGUAGUUACCAUCGUGUACUUGUGUAUGUAUGUGCGUGUGUGUUUUUCCUUUUCUUCAAUACUUUUUAAUGACAAUUUUCCAUCAUAACCACCUCACACUUCUGUCUCUGAGUCAUCCCUAGUCACACUCCUCAAAUAUCUCACCAACACUUUUAUAGUUGCUAGCUCCUCCCUAGCCCCAUCUAACUGCUACUACCCCCCAAACGGAGCACUCGAGUGAGAAGCUAAGUUGAUAGAUCCCAAAUAGCCCACCUGGUCUUUUUUAAGUAGAAGAAAAUGGCAAAAAAAAGUAACGGAAAGCUAUUUAAAUUCGAAAAAUAUCAAUCGCACGUUAAAAAAAAUAUAAUUUUCAUUUAUGAAUGUCUAUAAGAGUUGCUGCACUUGGACAUUUUUUUGUCUCUUAACAUUCUAGGAAUCUUCCUAUUCCAAGUAUGGCAUUUGAAAAACACAUAUUUUUCAUUUUGUACCUCACCCUGUUUUUCUCUGAUUAAUUACAUGACUCUUACAGCACUGUGCACAACUUGUCGUCUCAUAUAACGAUGGUAAUCCUUUUCUCUCUUAUUUCUCCCAAAAUAUUUCUUGAAUAAAAAAAAAUACACCUCUUAUUAUAUAA